UAUUAAGCAAAAAGCCCGUUCUCCUUUUCUCUUCCUCUUCCUCAUUCUCGCCGUUUUAUUAAUUGUUCUUUCGAGAAACCCAAAACCAGAGAGAUUUUUUUCUUCGCCUUGUUGUUGUCGGAGAGGAUCAGAGGAGUUUCUUGUUUCCAUUUCAGUUCACAAAUUUUCGCCUUUUUUAACGUGUUGCUUUCGGAAUUUGCAUAUCUAGUUUGAUUCAUGUGAGAUCUUGAGAUUGAGUUGUCAUCCAACUGAGACUCGUCAGGACCUGUUUUUGGGCACUAGAAAGAGAAUAUUGAUACAGGAAAUAAACAAUGGUUCGCUUGUUUUUGUCGGAACCUAACUGGAAAGAAGAUGGAGUUCGUGGAGAUAGUGUCGUUGCCAAACAAUGGAUAUCGCUUUUGAACCAAUUGCAAUCCCUUAUCUGGUCGUUGAUGACUGCUGGCGGUCGAGCAGAAGCUCGUUUAUGGCUUUGCAGUACAAUAUCAGGCAUUACUUCCUUGACCUCCCGCCAGCAGCGGGACCUCUUUGUGAACUUACUGAGAACCAGGCCUACAAAUCAUAGUUUGGCUUCCCAGCUCCUGCAAAUGAUAUUUGAGAAGCAGCCGCGGAAAGCUGGACCCAUCAUAGCCAAGAGAAGUUAUAUGCUUGAGAAGUUCUUUGCAGGAAAUCCAAAGCGUAUAACGCAAUGGUUUUCAAAUUUUGCUAAUGGGGGUGGAUUGGAUCACAAAAAGGGUGCCAAAGCAUUAUCGCAAUUUGCAUUUGUGAAUCGUGAUAUAUGUUGGGAGGAGCUUGAGUGGAAAGGAAAACAUGGGCAAUCCCCUGCUGUGGUGGCUACAAAGCCUCAUUACUUUCUUGAUUUGGAUGUCCAACGAACAGUGGAAAAUUUUCUUGACAAUGUACCUGAAUUUUGGUCUUCCACUGAGUUUGCUGAGUCCUUGAGAGAUGGUGAUAUUUUGUUCCUUGAUACCAAGUACUUUGUCGAAUUUUUUGUUGGCUUGAUGUACAAAGAGGAUUCAAGAGAUGUAUGGGAAGUUAUAAGUCAGUUUCUUAUGAAUGAAUCUUUUUCCUUUUUGUGUAACCGCCUCCUUAUCACUCUUGGAGACAGGGAAUUGUUCACUGUUCUGGAAUUGCUUCAUACAUAUUUAAGCAUGAAUAUGGAACCAGUGGAUUUUGGUAACUCAUCUUGUUGGCUUGAGUUUGCACUUUCUAGAUUCAAUGAUUGUGAAUCUUUUGAUCAGCUGCUUCUGUUAAAUGCUGUUAUCAAUCAAGGACGCCAGCUUCUGCGGCUUGUGCAUGAUGAAGAGUCGCAGGAGGAACAAACAAAAAUCAAGGACAUUGUAUCUCAGAUAUGCACAAUCUCAAGCACGGGAAACAGCUUGGAUCCUUUACUGAAUGAAUGCUUCAAGAUGAAGACAACAGAAGCAAUUAAGUUCUUGGGGCUUCAGUCUUGGGUUAUUCAUUAUGCAUUAUCAGACGAAAGCCGAAUUUCAGAAUCCUGGGAAUCUUUAUUUUCAAAUAAUGGUAUAAGUUUCCAAAAGUCUGAUAAAUAUGCAAUGCUACAUCACGUUGGAUUGUCAGAAGAAAGUGACUAUGAAUUGGAUAAUGUUGCAUCAGUUAAGAGAAAGCGCAGGAAGAAAAAGAAAAGUAGAAAAAAGAAAAGGAACUUUGAUGAUGAGGAAUUCUAUGAGAAUGAGCUGCUGGAUCUCGACACCUCAAAUAAUCAGCUAGGUUUGCAAUCUAAGGCUGGAAGUUGGUUGCUUUCCACUGAUGGAUUUUCUGCAUCAUGGACCAAUAUAUUUUGAGACGCUUGUUUCUCCGAGUUGCAAAAGUAUUGAUUGAAGUUAACAUCUUUUCUGAUAGUCUUCAUCAGUCUGCCUGAGGCUUUAUCUUAAUAAAUAGGUUGACUUGCCUGACCACCUCUCAAAGUUUUGCUUUUCUACAUGGAUGAAAUGGGUUUUUGCUAAGUGAUGCUGCUUACUAUUUGCAGCAUAGAUGGGCAAUAUCUUGUUGCAAGCAGAAUUCUUUCUGGUGUCAUAUCUGCUCAACUGAUUAACUUAGGUAAUUCAUAUUAUAUCAAUCAUCAUCAACUUUAGAGGUUGUUACAUUUCAGUUCCUCAUAUUCAAUUGGUUACCAUAAAUUAAAAAUAUUACAUAAACAUCCCUCAUUCUUAAAAAUGUUACAUAAAAAAUCUCUUAAUUCAUUUUCCGUUCAUUUGUCCAUGGAACCGGUAUGUGGCAGUAUCACAGUGAAAAUAAGAACUUAAAGAAAUUAAACGUGCCACACAGCCAACACACUAUCUUCUUGAGGUGUAUCAUGUAUGAGGAUAGGAAAUAUCUUAUGUAGCAUUUUCUAUUUUUUAAUUUUUAUUUUUAUAUUGUGAUACUGCCACAUAUCAGUUUUAUUAUAGAAAUGAGCAAUAAAUAGUGGAAAUAAUUUUUAUACGACAUUUUUAAAUAUUAUAAAUUUUGUGGUUCAAAUUAAAGACAAGGAACUGAAGUGUAACUAUCUCCAAAUUGAGGGAUGGUUAAUAUAAAAUUACCUGAUUAACUCGGGAUUUGCUGGUGGAGUACAUAUGAGAUGGUGUGUUAGCAUGUCCAGACUAUACUACGGAAUCCCAUGCUUUUUAGGGAUUAAACUUUGCAGAAGAACUUUUCAUCAGCAAUCACUGCCAUAAGGUUUCAGAGUGCAACCCUGCAUACUGAUCAAUGUGAGGUGGGAGAGCCAGCCACACACAUAGAUGUGCAGGAUGAAGAAUUGAUCAGAACUUUUUUGCUCGGAACCUAAGUACUUGUUUGGUUCACUGUAGAGAUGGAAUGAGAAUUACUUCGUUCGGAGAACUCCACAUCUCUUCCUCCCUCUCCUUCACUCUUUCCCUGCCACUUAUAUCUGUGGAAUCGGAUUUUCUUAACUUGAUGUGUCACAGAUAAUCUGCCUCCAGCUAGUGCACUGGUUUGCUAGGAUUAUCCCUUGAUUUCACAACUCAUAAGCUCUAGACUCCAAUUCUGUAAGUUCAAGGUCUCAAUGUUGUUACCAAUUUCUAUCACUUUUGAGAUGCUUCUGUGACAAUGUAAGAGAGGUUUCCACAUCUAUGUGGAACAAAUUCCGUCCAAAUUGCCAACUCAAUGAACUGUAAAAACUUGAAAAUCAAGCUAUAAAUAUUUAUGUACUGGUAAAUUUUGUUCAGAA